GACGUGACGUGCAGCUGCUCUUCUGCUCAUACACAUGACGUGUCUGUGGACAUUUUAACCCGGAAGACAGGUGUGUGUUCAGGUAGCUGUCGAAAAAUCUGAACGAAGAAACGAUUCAUCUGUCCACAUUUAAUCAUGGAUAUAAAGCAGGAGACGAUCCUGUCGGUGCUGGUGGAGGAAGGUGGGAAGAUUAAAAACUCGGACUUGUUGAGUAAAUUUAAAGGUUCAUUAAACUGCAGCGAUCCGGAGGAGAAGAAGCAGAACAGAGAUCUCUUUAAGAUGAUCAUCAACAACAUCGCAGUGGUUAAAGAACUAGAAGAAGGGAAAUAUAUUGUUCUGAGGAAAAAGUACCUGAAUUUACUGAAGUCCAGGUCAGAUGAUGGGACUGAACUAAAGGACGAGGGAGGAGGUGAUGAGGUGGAGAAAGUGGAAGGAAAGCUGACAGCAGAGCAGAGAGAAGUGAGUAGGAAUAAAAACACUAAUGAAGAACCUCCUGAGGAGAAGAAAUCAGAGCAGGAACCUCCCUCAGACAGUGACGCUGACUCCUCAGACACCUCUCCACCACUCUCCUUCAUUGAGCAGGCUUUACAAAGACAGAAAUCUACAGACUUCAAGGUAAAGAAGUCCUUAAACUUUACAAAGUCAGGUACAGAUGACACACAGAAGCACAGACCUGCCAACAACUCUGGGAGCAGCGCACCAAAACCCUUCGCCCUGCCGUUACGCGUUCCUCCCAUGGUCAUUACCCCUGUGGCACAUGAAGAGAUUAAUCAAAUGAAAACUCCAUCAAAUGACAACAAUUCAGUCAAGGUUCACUUGGUUCCAGUGAGCUCCUCUCCAGGGCCUUCCUCCUCACCUAGACAGAAGAGACGCUCUACUGUGGACAACGUGGGAAUCGGCAGCUCUCCACUUCCACGGAGACACUGCAAAAGUGCUAAACCCGUAGACGAGCCCAAAUAUGGUGACACCGUCCCUUUGGAAAGCUCCGAACACGACUGGAUGGUGACGUCUGCAUCGGGACGUUGGAAAUUAUUGUACGGCCUGCUGCUGAACGAUGCCCAGCUGGCAGAGAAAAAAGAUUUCAUUUCAGGUUUCACGGCUCUCCACUGGGCAGCUAAGUGUGGCCACUCCGAAAUGCUGUGCAAGAUCAUUGACCUGUCCAGGGAGAAGGGAAAGGGUGUGGACAUCAACUCCAAAUCGUACGCAGGCUACACCCCGCUACACAUCGCUGCUAUUCAUGGUCAGGAGUACAUCAUAGGGAUCUUGGUCAAUGAAUAUGGUGCCAACUGUGAUAUUCGGGAUAACGCUGGGAAAAAGCCACACCAUUACCUGGACAAAGCAGCGUCACACUCCAUCCAGGAGCUGCUUGGAGGGUUGAAGGUGGUGCGUGCUGAGCCACAGAAGAACCCAGAUGACACUGAGACUCACAAGCACACUCACACCAUCAGCCGACUUUUCCAGCCACAAACUAUAGGCUACAAGAAAAAAUCCAAAUCCAGAAGCACUUUCAUGUCCGUGGCCGAGGAUGUGAAGGAUGAGAAGAGCGAGCACUCGAACCCCAUGCACAGGGUUUUGUCUGAUGUAUUUUCCUAAAGACUCUCAGACUGUGAGACCUGAAGUUAGUGCUGUUUUAUCCAGUAGCGAACUCACUUCAGCUCCAUCUUAAUAACGAUUUUGUCUAAGGUUCGGUAUUGGGGUCGAUUCUGAAUCGGUUAUGUUCCUGUUCUGUGUUUAUAGAAACAUCAGGAAUAAAAUAGUGGAUUAUUGUUUACUUUUCAUUUGUUAAAACUCACAUAGUGCCAUUCUGGUGAUUUGGGUUAGAGAUAUUUAACCUAAUAUUAUUUCUUACUUGUUUAUUAAUAAAUGUUCUUUGGAGGUUGAUGAAUUAACGCUGUAGAAGCUCUUCUUGGUGGCAGACACUAAACACCUGUACAGUAAUAACAUGUUCAAGAAUAAUCAUAAAUCAUCUUUCUUACUGAUGUACAGAAUUGAUUUUGUGCAAUAAUGUGAUUAAACUAUACACACUGUGAUCUA